AUGAACAUCGAAGCAGACACUAUCGCCACUGCUUUCUACAAUCAUUGGAUCACCCAAUUCGGCACGCCUCUGACGAUCACCACCGAUGAAGGUAGCCAAUUCGAGUCAAGACUCUUCACCGCUCUCACUCGCAUGAUAGGAGCAAAUAAGAUCCACACGUCACCGUACCGUCCUCAGUCUAAUGGGAUCUUGGAGCGAUGGCACCGCACCGUUAAGGCUGCACUCAUGCGCAAUGCACCAACACCUUGGUCUGAGCUGCUUCCAACGGUCAUGCUCGGCCUGCGCACCUGCAUCAAGCAAGACCUGAACGCAUCACCAGCUCAACUCCUCUACGGUACAGAACUCAGGAUUCCUGGAGAAUUCCUCGUGUCGGAAGACCUACCAGCAAACCCUAACUUCUUCCUAGAAAAGUUCAUGGAGCACAUCAGGGAAGUUCGUCCGUCACCCACAGCUCACCACACCAAAAGUCGCUGCUUCCUCUUAAAAGACUUAUACACCUCCAGUCAUGUCUUCGUGAUGAUCGAUGUAGUCAAGAAACCUCUUGACCCACCAUUUUCCGGACCUCAUCGAGUCAUCAGGAGAAUCGAUGAUCGCAAUUUUGUCAUCGACCUAAACGGCACUGAAAAUUAA